AUGAAGGUGGAGAACAUGGUAGUUGAAGAGGAAUUUGAUUACAAGAGCUUAUGCAGGAGACUUGACAUAGAAUUAGACAAACUAAUUGCUGAAAUGAGGCAACAGAAAGAUUUUGAGGAUGAGGUAGAGAAAAUAAGAGCUGAAGCACAAAGUCGUCUUGCUGAAGCUGACAAAACGUAUAUGAUCGCAUUAGAGAAUGAGAAAGCUAAAUACGAAGAGGAUUAUAUGGAAUCAGUAAAGAGGCUUGAGGAGCAGUUAAUAGCAAAUAAACAAAUAAUUUCAAAUGAUACGAUUGGUGCAGAAAACCAUGCUCGGAAUAUGGAGAAUAUACCUGGUGAAGAGGAUCCACCUGCCACCCCUUCAGAUGAAGUCAAUGAAAUAAAGCAGUUACUCCAGAAUGAAAUUCUUCUUAGACAAUCUGCUGAAGAUGAGGUUAACAAUCUUAAGAGCCAACUGAUGCACUGGAAAAAGUUAGAGGUAGCCGGAAAUGCUGAGAUUAUAAGACUUCGCAAGAUGCUUGAGAAUGAAGCAAAUCAGAAAGAGAAGCUUGAGGAAGAGAUAGCAGUUUUGAAGAGUCAGUUGCUGCAAAUGAGUUUCGAAGCUGAUGAGACAAGGAGGAGUCUUGACAGAGGUGGUUCUGGGAAAGUUUUCACGGGCUUGGACUCCUUCGUGUCCCAAGCUAAAUAUUCACAGCUUAGGGACUCAGGAAAUGGCCAGAAGGCAUCAAUUGCUAAACUCUUUGAACAAGUCGGAUUGCAAAAAAUAUUGUCGUUGCUGGAAUCAGAAGAUGCUGAUGUUCGUGUUCAUGCAGUAAAAGUUGUGGCAAACCUUGCUGCUGAAGAAGCCAAUCAGGAGAAGAUUGUAGAAGCUGGAGGUCUUACUUCACUGAUGAUGCUUCUUAGGAGUUCAGAAGAUGAAACUAUCCGUAGAGUUGCCGCUGGUGCAAUUGCUAACCUUGCUAUGAAUGAAACAAAUCAAGAGCUUAUAAUGACCCAAGGUGGUAUUAGUUUGUUGUCAAUGACUGCAGCAGAUGCUGAGGACCCUCAAACUCUUCGAAUGGUUGCUGGCGCCAUUGCUAAUCUUUGUGGCAACGAUAAACUACAAACUAGGCUGAGAGGGGAAGGUGGCAUCAGAGCAUUGCUAGGAAUGGUUAGGUGUGGACACCCAGAUGUUCUUGCUCAAGUUGCACGUGGCAUUGCAAACUUUGCAAAAUGUGAAUCCAGAGCUUCUACUCAUGGAAACAAGGUUGGGAAGUCUCUCUUGAUUGAUGAUGGAGCACUUCCAUGGAUUGUAAAAAAUGCCAACAAUGAAGCUUCGCCUAUUAGACGACACAUUGAGCUCGCUCUAUGCCACUUAGCUCAACAUGAAGUGAAUGCUAAGGAUAUGAUUAAUGAGGGUGCACUGUGGGAGCUGGUUCGCAUUUCAAGGGACUGCUCCCGUGAAGACAUCCGGACAUUGGCUCAUCGGACUCUGACUUCCAGCCCCACAUUCCAAACAGAAUUGAGAAGACUGCGCAUUGAAUACUAAGGCAUCAACAACUGAUUUCUUAUCUGCUAUUUAUAUUGAAUGAGAUUAUCAUGCUUGGCCAUGUGAAAAGCUUGCUGGGGAGUUUGCUGGUGGUUAUUCGGCUCUGCUUCGUAGAUCAUGACAAGAGAAAAGGAAAUAUUUUCAGACCUGUUGAACCGUGGUUUUUGUCGACUAUUAUUGAGCUAAUUGGAUACAGAAUUCGUGUGACGCCCACGACUACCGUAUUAAUCAUGAACAGGUAUCAUCAGUUUUGUGCUAUGAGAAAAUUGUAUCAGUUAGAAUCAAGCGUCCCCUGUCAAUAAUAUAAAUCUUGCUCCUUCGAUGAUCCCGACCGAACUCUUGAUUCAUUACUUGCUUUGUAAAAGUGUGUAUAUGUCAAGGGAUGAGCUAAUGUAGUUGUAUUGCGCACAUGAAUAUAUAUAUAACAUGGAGAAUACUUUAUUUA